UAAAAAUAAUACCGGUUGUAAUUACUAAAUACGAAUUGUAAAAGUGAAAUUCAUUCAAUCAUGUAAAUUUUGUUCCCUUAAUUUUGUUGGGCUGACUUAAGGGUUUUGAAGCGACUGUUCGCGAAUCACGAUGAAUGAAAAAUACUGUGACCUAGUCCAGCAGUCCUGCUCGAAAGUCGAAAGUAGUUUUUUUAAUUUUCUCGUAACAACUUGUAAAGUCAACACAAAAUUUUCUUAUUAAUUUGCGUCUUUUUCGUAGAAAACACUGUUUAAUUUUUCCACAUUUUCCCAGAAAGAAUGGAAUGGCUCAUUUUGAUUGGCUGUGAGGGGUCUACAACAGAAUCUGAAAAACAUUGGUCGCCAUGUUGACAACAAUUUUUCGACGAGAUUUACGCUGUGUGUUGUCUACGUCGAGCAAAUUCACAAUUCCUUAUACCCGAAACGCUCCAAAUUUAUUUCGCAGUUACGUCGGUACAUUGGUAGAGGUGUAAAACAGCUGUGUUUAAUUGCUUAUCAACAAAGAACUUCAUUCAUUUUCCGCCGAGUGAACGUGACUACACCGACAUAGAUAUUAAGUGUAGUCGAUUGAAUUCAAGUUAUCAAAACAUUGGGUGUCUACUAAACACGAUUACAUUUGAUUCGGAAUUUCAGUGCCGGUUGUGAACGGAAACAUGAAAACUCUAGAUUAUUAAAUUUUUCAUCAUUCUCAAAUUUGAGUUGUUACUAUAGAAUUAUCAGAGGCAAACCCAUUACAUGCCAUGGCACAGGUAAAUGGCGAUGAAAGUGUUUCUAAAUAUGCUGCUGUACCCGAAAGUGGGGUUGCGAGGCUCCACAGUGCAGCAGUUCCUAUAAAGCAGCCAUCAGUAAAUGGUAAAGCUCUUUGUAGCAAUGGGUCAUCAUCAAGCAUAUCGAGUUUCAGGUUAAGUGUGGGAAGUGGCAGUAGUGGAGACACAGACAUCCAAUACAUCAAACCUUCAGAACUAUUUCCAAAGAAAUUAGCCUGGGUUGAAGGAGGAUCUGCCAACACCAUCCCACCACCAUUCCCUUUGUUACCAGGAGAAGAUAUAAUUUACGAAGGCCGAGCUGUGGAAGGAACAUUAUACAUUUCCAAUUACAGACUGUAUCUAUCUAAAAAAGUUCCCACAGAAGCUUUUGCCAUUCCUCCUGCCUUGUCUCCUCAGAGCAGUGUAAGAGAUGUAAAUGUCCCUUUGGGCUUGAUUGAAUCGAUUGAGUGUAAGGAUAUAUUCUACAUUAACUUAUACUGCAAAGAUGCUAGAUCAUUCAGAUUAAUUUUCGUCAAUGGUGAAUGUUGCCAAGACUGGCUUAAGCGGCUAUCGCAAAGCUUGAAUCUCCCCCGCAAGCCCGAAGAAGUUUUUUCUCUGGCUUUCUAUGCAUGGACUCGUGAUGAUGAUGAAAAUCAUUUGACGAAGCCACCAGUUAAUCAGACUAUGCCAUGGUGGCGUAAUCUAUCCAAUUAUGAUCAACCCUUGACGGGAGAGAAAUUAUUCCGAUUUGAGGUUGAACGUCAAGGCUAUGAUGAUUCCGUGACCUGGCGAAUCAGCUCGGCUAAUGCUGAUUUCAAACUGAGUCCAUCUUAUCCCACUCAUCUGCUAGUGCCAACAUCUAUUUCGGAUGAUAUGCUAGAAGCUGUGGCAGCCUUCAGAAGUGCUCGUCGUCUACCAGCUGUAGUCUGGCGGCAUAAGCGAAAUGGGGCCGUUCUCGGCCGCUGUUCCCAGCCAGAAGUUGGUUGGCUUGGCUGGCGAUCCCAAGAGGAUGAAACCCUGCUUCUCUCAAUCCUCAAUUCUUGUUUCUACGACAGCGCUAAUAAUCCUCUUCGAUCGCGUCAUCCAACACCGAACAAAGACAUGAAUUCCACAAAUGAAGAGUGGAAUGGUGAAGGAUCACUUUCGAUUUCAAAUGGUAGCUCGAGCAACGUAGAGUGUGGUUCCCUAAAAGAUCUUAGUGAAGAUUCUUCGUGCUUCACUCAAGGCCACAAAAAAAAAAUGCUGAUUGUGGACGCACGUAGUUAUGCAACUGCUGUUGCAAACCGGGCACGAGGUGGGGGUUGCGAGUUUCCCCAAUAUUAUCCACAAUGUGACAUUGAAUUCAUGAAUCUUGCCAACAUUCAUGCUGUACGCAAGAGUUUCCUACUUCUUCGGGCACUUUGUCAGUCAGCCAUCGGCAAUUUGGCUACUACUGAUCAAUCCAACUGGUUCACACAAUUGGAUUCGACACGGUGGCUUCAUCAUAUGGCAAAUUUGCUACGUGCAUCGUGGUACACGGCUGUUAAUUUGGAAGAACAUGGUCGACCGGUCCUCGUUCAUUGCAGUGAUGGUUGGGACCGAACGCCUCAAAUCGUAUCCUUAGCUCAGAUCAUGAUUGACCCUUUUUAUCGAACCGUUAAAGGUUUUCAGAUUCUUGUUCAGCGGGAGUGGAUAGAGUUUGGUCACAAGUUUGCCGAUCGAUGUGGGUUGUUAGGUGGUUGUGAGGAUACGAAUGAGCGUUGCCCCGUUUUCUUACAGUUUCUUGACUGUGUUCACCAACUGAUGAGCCAGUUUCCUACGGCUUUCCAGUUUAAUCACGCUUACUUGGUCAAAAUGGUGCAACAUAUUUACUCAAACCUCUUCGGCACUUUUCUGCUCAACACAGUCCAGGAGCGCACUUCCCACCGCAUCUCCGAACGUAGCCACAGCCUCUGGAGCUUUUUGCUUCAAAAAAGCAACGAAUAUUCAAACUAUCUGUACGAGUUAACUGAGGAGCCAAUUUGGCCUUCUUAUCAAGUACGGGAUUUGUACUUCUGGUCAGCUGUUUACACAGCCGAAUUAGGAAGUAUGCCCAACGACUGCCAGACUGGAGAUUGUCGGGAAAAUUCCACAACUGUUAAUCUUAACACUAGUGUCUUGUUUAGCAGCAGCAGUCCUUGUAGCAGUGGAUACGCCACUCCACAACAAACAGCUUUGACAGAUAGCAUGGUUGACACGUUAGCGUGGAAAAAUCUUAAUAUCAAAGGUGGAGUAAGAAAUCCAAUGGAAGAUUCCACUGACACUCUGGUCGACGAUGGACACAAAGUAUGGCAAAGAAAAUCUUCAAUUAACAUGCCCACAACCGUUCUUGAUCAAUCUGAUGGUGAUAUGGAAGCCGGCGAAUCCUUUCCGUUACUUGAACCGGAGCCUGUAAAAGAGCCCUCUUAUAAGGAACAUCAAGAUCCUCUCCCUUCGAUGACCCAUUUUCGUUCCAAACAAUUAAAAUCUCCGUUGGAGGAGCCCCUUUGUUUACCACAAAAUAUUGCAAGUGAAGAAGAUGGAGAAGAUUCGGAAGUGGACGGCCGGAAUUCUUAUCUAAAUAAUUGUCCAACGUGUAAGAGAAAUUGGGAUCUUCUCAAUCGCAACCAGACACACAGUAAAGCUGAUCCAGCACCAAUGACAUUUAAUGAUGGUGAAGAAAAAGCAAUUGCGACGACCAUGACACGGCUUGGUGACUCAACUGCUACGUGCCUUGGAUAUGAUUUGGAUGGGCUUCUUCCAUCAAUUGAUCGUCAACAAGUUCGUUUAGGGCAGAUCCUCGCUGCAAAAGACGCGGAACUGGAUGCUCUGCGUCGUGAUUUGCAUCAGACCCGAGUAGCACUCUGUCGUCAAGUUUGCCACGACUGCAAGUCAAGUAGAAAGACAAAUUCAAGUUCAAAGUCAAAUUCGGAAGGUUUGAUAGAAGAGUCUUGUCGUGACGGAUCGCCUGGUAGAAAUGAAAGUUCUGAUUGCUCGCUCGGUGGUCUGAAUAGUUCACCAUCAUCGUGGGAAAAUGUUGACGAAAAAGAGAUAGGAGAUAAGGCUCCUGUUGGUCCACCGAUCCUGUGGGUACCAGACCAUCUUGCCCCUUCAUGCAUGAGAUGUAGUACUCCAUUUUGGAUGGCUAGAAGGAGACACCAUUGCAGGAAUUGUGGUAAAGUCUUUUGUUCAGAAUGUGCCGAUCGCGAUCUGCCUCUUCCACACCAGAAUUUAUUCCAACCCGUCCGAGUGUGUAACGUGUGCUACGAUUCAUUAAGCGGUGAAAAUGAAGAUGGAGAAAUGUGCUUGGGGGCGCUCCAAGAACACCCGGACUUUUCAGCUACGAGAUCACAUUUGGGGAGAGCCUUCAGCCUAACCAGCUUAGCCACCGGUUCCUGUGCCUGCCAUUGUUGUCAACUAAAACGACCCACCAAAUUCAAAGCUGUGACAGCUGGAUCUACCUAGGAGAUAUCAAACUAGCUUCCUUUCAAAAGGAUCAUAACAUCGUGGGUUAACAAAAUUCAACUAAAAAUAGUCAUAAAAAUUAUAUUUGCUGAAUUAAAUUGGCUUGACUUGGAUUGUCAUGUUUGCAGAAAUACCUUUGUUGUCUGGCCAGUUUAGAGGGUUUUCACUGAAGCAUUGGGCUAAGACUGCUGAAGGACCAGUAUAAGGCAGAAGGGGAAGAGAACGUGGCAAACCAACAGUGUAAUUGGCUAAUCUAUUAUUUUCUUCUUGAGACCAGUUGUAGAUUAAGCAUUCACUAACCACUAUCCAUUCGGAACGUUCCACGAGUAACAAACACGUUCAUUCUUGGGUUUGACGUAACAAUGUUACAGACAAUUUUAACCAACAAAAAAUUUGUGUGUUUGCAUUCGGUAUUGAAAAUCAAUUCCUAGUCUUGUGUUUGUCGAUUUUUUUUUUGCAUUGUAUUCGGAAAAUGACCAGGGCGAGUGUUUUAAUUUUGUAAAAGUUGUCGUUGAUUGGUUCAAGUGUACUGUGACGCGGCGUAAGCUAAUCUGGAUGAGUUAACGUGUUAUUUACAAGGUCCCACUGAUGUGAUAUGUAUCGAACCGAUUCGUAGGGGGAUUGUAGAAAAGAGGGAAGUGAUUUGUGUUGAAAGUGAAGCUGUUUGGUAGCAUUUGCCUUCAAACAUUACCUAUAUGUGAAUUAUGAAUAUAAGUGUCGUUUCCCAUUAGAUAGUGUAUUUCCCAUACUCUCCAUUCGCUAGUACCCACUUUACUGACUAAAAUUAUUGCGGGACAGAAUUCCCUCGAACCCCCCUUGUUUUAUAAAGGCAUAAUGGCUAAAACAAAGUCUUCUAAUUCAUUUAAAGCGUGGCAAAUUUCUUAGCCCAUGGUCCGCAAACUUUACUCUGUUCUAUAAAAGGUGUAAGACUUGUUAUCAUAUAAUCUGAAUAAACGUUUAUGGGAACUUCUGUCA